CGUUUCAGCUGACAUUCACUAUCGCAACUUUGGGCAUCUUCUUCUCCAAACCGAUCUACGACAUCUUCCUCAGGCCCCGAGAGCCCAUCGACUUGUCCGAGCCUCCCACCACGCUAGCUCUCCACAGGAAGGCUGUGUCAGAGUAAUAUGGAAUCUGUCGCCAAAGCCAAAGAGAGAUUAGCCAAAUACCCAGUGUUAUUCGCGAAGUGCUCUCAACAAGCUACUUUGUACGCUCGCUGCGUUUUGUUCAAAGAGGAUAAACUGAAGAAAAGUGACUGUGCCAAAGAGUUCCACGAAUUCAAGACCUGCUUGCAAUCGGCCGCAAAAGAUUUAAAAACGCGAAUAUAAUAAAAUGGAGAUCGCUAAGAAAUUUAUCGAUCUUCCGUUUAGAUACCAUCUGGUUAUGGGCGCUGUUAUUCGCCUGCUGUUGAUUGCGUACGCAGACUUCCACGACAAAUAUUCGGACGUGGCGUACACAGACAUAGAUUACCACGUGUUCACGGACGCGGCAAGACACGUUUUGAGAGGAAACUCCCCAUACAAACGACACACUUAUCGCUACAGUCCUUUGAUAGCGUAUCUCUUAGUCCCCAACAUCGUUAUUGGCAAGAACUUUGGCAAAGUCCUAUUCUGUGUUUUCGAUUUGCUGAUAAGUUUUGCUGUAAAAUUGUUAGUCGAGCAUCAGAUACAGUGGAAGGAUAGAAAAUCGAAGAUUCCCGUCUACAGUACUCUGUUUUGGCUGUACAAUCCACUGAGUGUUGUCAUUUCAACCAGAGGCAACGCAGACUCUGUGCCGUGCUUCUUCAUAAUUCUGUCUUUGCUCUUCUUACAGACAAACAUCGUUGAAGGUUUAUUGAAGUAUUGCCUUUCUGGUUCGUUAUUGGGAGUUGCGAUACAUUUGCGGUUGUAUCCUUUAGUGUUCAGCUUUCCUAUGUACCUAUCUCUGGGGCAAUAUGUAAUCGAUCGGAACACUGGACUGACCGAAGGAUUUAUAAGCUUAAUGCCGAAUAGGAAACAAAUAAUUCUAACUGUGAGUUGCGUGUCAACGCUUCUAAUGUUGACCUGCGGCAUGUACGUGCUAUACGGAUACGAAUUCUUAUUCGAAACGUACAUUUACCAUCUACUCAGAAAGGACACGAGACACAAUUUCUCUGUGAUGUUCUACUAUUUAUAUUUGACUAUGGACCAGUUAUAUUUUGAUAUCGUCAAGACGAUUUCCCUAUUAUUCGAGUGUCUUGUCCUAUUCGUUAUAAGCUUGACAUUUGGCUGUCAACCCAAGACGUUACCUUUCGCAUUAUUCUGUCAAGCUGCGGUGCUUGUCACUUUCAACAGCGUUAUGACAUCACAGUACUUUAUUUGGUUUUUGUCUCUGCUGCCAUUGGUUGCACACAAUUUGAGGAUGAUUCAGGCAAAAGCAAUGUUGCUUGCUACGAUAUGGGUAUCGGCGCAAGCCGCCUGGUUGUUUUACGCGUAUAUGUUAGAAUUCAAAUCGAGGCAUGUAUUUGAAUUGAUCUGGCUGAAAGGGAUUUUGUUCUUUUGCGCGAACGUGUUUGUGUUGGGGCAUCUUAUGGGCAGUUUCGAUGUUGACUACGGCUUCAAUACUCAAUUAAAUGUUCGUAAAAAUAAAUAAAUGCAUGUAAUUUAAUAUAAUAAUCCAAAGUUAUAGCUGGUAUCUCAUAUCGCAAACUUAUAUACAUUUGUAACAUUACGAACAAUGUAAUCACAGCAUAGACACAUUUUUCAACAUUUUAGCCGUCGUUAAAAUAGAUGUUUCAAUUUGAAAUGAACUGUUUAGUGUAGUGUUAAUGUGUAGAUAGAUGGUGUUUUGUUUUUGUUAUUUAAAUUUCGUAGGGAAAUUAAACGAAAUAAUUAA